AUGCUCGCCGCGCUCCGCGCGCCGAAACCGCCCAAGGCCGCCGGCGAGGACGGCGGCACGGUGGCCGUGCGGUCCGCGGCGCCGCCGCGGCCGCCCCUGCUCGCGGCCUUCGAGCCGCCGGCCAAGGCCUUCGACCUCGCCGGCGGCCGCGCGCUCGUCACGGGCGCGUCCGGCGGCAUCGGCAAGGCCAUCGUCGCGCAGCUCCUGGCCGCCGGCGCGCGGGUGCUGGCCGUGGACUACGGCGCCGAGGCGUUGAAGGCCCUCAAGUCCGAGUUCCCCGCCGUCGACACGCUGGCCCUGGACCUGAGCCGCACGGAGGCCGCGAUGGCCGCCGUCGAGGCCGCGCUGGAGGCCGGCGGCCCCGCGCGCUACGUCGUCCACUGCGCGGGCAUCGCCAAGUUCGAGCCCGUGCUGGACACGUCGCCGGCGGAGUUCGACCGCCAGUACGGCGUCAACGUGAAGCCGGCCAUCUUCGUCACGCAGAUCGUCGCCGGGGACCUCGUCGCGAAGGGGCUCUCGGGCUCCGUCGUCCACGUGAGCUCCCAGAGCUCGACGCUCGCCCUCGAGGACCACCUCGUCUACAGCUCGUCCAAGGCCGCCGUGGACCACGUCGCGCGCAUCCAGGCGCUGGAGUACGGCAAGCACGGCAUCCGCGUGAACACGGUGAACCCGACCGUCGUCAUGACGGAGCUCGCGAAGAAGCAGUGGCCCGCGGACAAGCUCGCGGCGAUGAAGGCGACGAUCCCGCUCCGCAAGCUCGCGGAGCCGGACGACGUCGCCAACGCCGUCACGUUCCUGCUCAGCGACAAGGCGGCCAUGGUCUCGGGCACGGCUCUGCCCGUCGACGGCGGCCGCUCCAUGGGCGGCCACGGCCUCUAG